AUGUACCGCAGCAUGAAGAGCUUGGCCCUCUUGGGUCUCCUGGGCCCGACCUCGCAGGUCUUUGCCCACCCCGCCACUGGUCACAACAUUGGCCGUCGUGGUGUUGACAUUGAGGCCUUCCGUCUGCCUCAGCUUGGAUCCUACACCAAUGCCACUCAGACGGAGGCGAGCCCGCCGAUUGCGCUUCUGAAGCGUGAGAGCUACGUCGACACGGCCACCGAGCUGGUCAAGAAGCUCGCCCCCAACGCCGAGUUCCGUCUUGUUGGUGAUCACUACGUCGGUACCAAUGGUAUUGGUCAUGUUAACUUCAAGCAAACUGCUCAUGGGCUUGACAUUGACAACGCUGACUUCAAUGUUAACAUCGGCAAGGAUGGAAAGGUUUUCUCGUUCGGCAACAACUUCUUCAAGGGAGAAGUCCCUGAGGCUAGCCCCUUGAAGAAACGGGACUUCAAGGACCCGGUUUCCGCACUCAGGGGUGCCAAGGAUAUUCUUCAGCUUCCCGUCGAGGCCGGCUCUGCCUCCGCUGAGCCCAAGGAGGGCACAGAGGUCUACUCUAUCAAGGGAACUUCUGGUGCUGUCUCUGACCCCGAGGCCAAGCUUGUCUACUUCGUCAAGGCUGACGGCUCUCUCACCCUCUCUUGGCGCGUUGAGACCGACAUCACUGAGAACUGGCUGCUGACUUACGUCGAUGCUGAGACUGGAACCGACGUCCACGGUGUCGUUGACUAUGUUUCCGACCUGGCCAACUACCGCGUCUACCCUUGGGGUAUCAACGACCCUACUGAGGGCGAUCGCGUUUUGGUUACCGACCCCUGGGACAUCUCUGCCUCUCCUUUGACCUGGCACAGUGACGGUACCACCAACUACACCACCACCCGCGGAAACAACGCUAUUGCUCAAUCCAACCCCAGUGGCGGCACCGCGUAUCUCAACAACUAUCGCCCUACCAGUGCGUCGCGUAACUUCGACUACGAGUACACAACCAGCUUGAGCACUCCGUCCUCCUACAUCGACGCUUCCAUCGCCCAGCUCUACUACACUGCCAACCACUACCACGACCUGCUGUACACUCUUGGCUUCACCGAGUCGGCAGGCAACUUCCAAAUCAAUAACAAUGGCAAGGGCGGUACUGGCAACGACUUCGUCGUCCUCUUUGCUCAGGACGGUUCCGGAACCAACAAUGCCAACUUUCUCACUCCUCCUGAUGGCACCAACGGCCGAAUGCGCAUGUACCUCUGGACUUCGUCGACUCCUCGCCGCGACUGCAGCUUCGAGGCCGGUGUCGUUAUCCACGAGUAUACUCACGGCCUUUCUACCCGUCUGACUGGCGGUCCCGCCAACUCUAAUUGCCUUAACGCUGUCGAGUCCGGCGGUAUGGGUGAGGGCUGGGGCGACUUCUUCGCCACGGCCAUCCGUCUCAAGCCGACCGACACUCGCGCAACUGACUACUCUAUGGGUGCCUGGGUUUACAACAACCCUGCAGGUAUCCGUUCUGUUCUCUACUCCACCUACUUGACUACCACCCCCAACACGUACUCGACCAUCAACGGCGUAACGAGCGUUCAUAGAAUUGGCGAGACUUGGGCCACCAUCCUCUACGAGGUUCUCUGGAACCUCAUUGACAAGCACGGCAAGAAUGACGGCCCUCGUCCCGAGUUCGACAGCAACGGUGUCCCAACCGACGGCAAAUACCUCACGCUCAAGCUCGUCCUUGAUGGCAUGGCUCUGCAACCCUGCUCCCCCAACUUUAUCCAGGCUCGUGACGCCAUCCUCGACGCCGAUACCGCUCUUACCGGCGGUGACAACCAGUGCGAGCUCUGGACCGCCUUCGCCAAGCGUGGUCUUGGCUCCGAUGCUGUCUACAGCUCUUCUAACCGCCGUAACGGCUUCACCAUCCCCACUGGUGUUUGCUAA